AUGCCCGAGGUCGAGAUGAAAUAUGAAGAAGUCAUCGAUUUUACAAUACUCAAGUACCGCAACAACAACUAUGAACAAUCGGAGGACCGGAAGUGCCGCGUGUGCGGCGCCAGUCCGGCAGGGUUGUACUAUGGAGCUGUGGUUUGCCCAAGCUGCAAAAUCUUCUUUCUACGGGUCACAACGGUCGGCGCCGCAAUCAAAGAGUGCAAAAAUUAUCGCCUAUGCUCGUCGAAAAACUUUCGAGGGCUCGGCAAAGCCAAAUGUAUACCAUGUCGCUAUGAGAAAUGUUUGGAAGUCGGGAUGAUACCGGAAAUAACCGCUCGUCGCACCGGAUGCAAUUUGAGAGAGAAACGAGCUUUGGUAGGGCAACGAUAUCAAAUUCCUGCGUCUGCCACGACGGAUAAGAAAGAGCUCCAGAUGGCCGCGAAAUUUUUCACAAAACCUGUCUUUGCCGACGGCUUUGGUGGCAUUAAACAGCUGGUCAACCUGGAAAAAUUGUUAUCAAAUGACGACCCCACCGUAUCCGUGAUUUUUGAUUUCCCAAUAGACGGGGCUACGACGAUUGACCAGCUAAUCAAAAAUCCGCUGGCGCUAUGCCCCAGAGUUCCGGUUGGCUUCCACCUCUCCACAAACAACCAAGUUCCGGAGCAUUUGAUGAUGACGAUGGGCUUCCGAACAUUUUCACGGUCGCUGGUGAUGAUUAUUGAUUGGUUCCGGAUAAUGCCAGAAUUCCAAGCAUUUCCAGAAGCCGAUCAGUUGACGUUCAUUCCCCAUAUCUACUUCAAAUCGGCGUUGUUCAUCGACUAUUUCUACACUCACAAAUAUAACUUUGACGGUUUUCUAGUCUGCCUCGGCACACGGGUUACCCAUGAUGAUAUCAGGCUUUUCCAGCAACUGGAGAAAGGAUUCGGGUCUCUGAUCUCCUAUGGUAGGGACUACAUAUUACCGGCGAUGAAACGGGCGGCGCUAGCCGACGAGGAGUUUGUGUUAAUGAAAAAUAUACUAGCAUUUUGUAAUUCCAUUGGCUUCUCCGACAAAGCCGUAGAAAUCCAGCGAAAAGCAUACCAGCGAUAUUGUUACAUGUUGUUAAAGCAUUUAAAAGAAAAGUAUCACUCCGAGAGCAAAGCCCUUGAAGUCUUCUACGAAUGCACAAAUAUCAUCAACCAUAUGCAGUACAUCUGCAAUAUAACGAUGUCACAGUUUGAAAAAUCGAUUAUUCUCAACGAAUCCGGGAUGGUUGGCAAGCUUUGUGAAGACUUUUUCAAGCGAUUGCGA